AUGUCAAAUCCAUCAAACUCUUCUGAUCUGAUACCUCCUCCAACUCCUUCAUCUCCUCCUCAAUUACCUCAAUCAAAACAACAACAACAACAAACACUACCUUCAGCAUCUCUCAUUCUUCGUCAAACCAACAAACUAAACCCACGUUUACCUAGACCUUCAAAUCUUGCUCAUUCUACUAUACCACAUUCUUAUGCUUAUGGGGCAGCACCAACAGUUUCAGAACUAUCAGAUCAAUCUUCAACUCAUCAUCGUCGUAACACCAAUACUCAAUCAAACCCAACAACCACAACCGAUCAACCAACUGAAACUC